GUUUUCAAGCCGGCAUCCUCUCUGCUGAUUGGGCAGAAAGGUGUCGGAGAAAACACAGUGAGUGGAAGGAGAAGACAGAUCCCACAGCAGUUUAUCUCCUCUCAGUCUGGGCUGACUCCGCUGUCUGUUCCUGUGCGCACCGAACUGAGGACUGAGAUGUGACUGCUCGCCGAAGGAAUACAGCAUGUCUCCCUGGGAUUUCUCUAUUUUAUUCUCUGUCGGCCGCAUGAUGGUAGCGGACAGGCGUGGAGGGAUCUUGGCCGUGCCGGCCACUUGGGUUGCGCUGCUUCUGUGUGUGAUUAAUCUAGUUUGCGCAGUGGAAGAAACAGUGAUGGAUACAAGGACAGCAACAGCUGAGCUCGGCUGGAUAUCGUUCCCUGCCAUUGGAUGGGAGGAGGUGAGCGGCUACGAUGAAAAUCUUAACACCAUCAGGACUUACCAGGUGUGCAAUGUAUUUGAGCCAAGCCAAAACAACUGGCUGCUCACUACAUACAUCGAUCGACGGAAUGCACAACGCAUCUAUGUGGAGAUCCGCUUUACAGUACGGGAUUGUGCUUCCAUCCCAAGUGUUCUGGGCUCCUGCAAAGAGACAUUUAAUCUUUAUUACCUAGAAACUGACAGGACUGUGUCAGAGAGCAUCAAAGGGGUGGAGUAUUGGGCCAAUGCCCCAUUUUUAAAGGUGGAUACCAUUGCAGCAGAUGAGAGUUUCUCCCAGGUAGAUUUUGGGGGUAGGCUAAUGAAAGUGAACACAGAGGUUAGAGGUUUUGGGCCACUCUCCAGGGGCAAAGGCUUUCACUUGGCUUUCCAGGAUCUGGGCGCUUGCAUGUCCCUUUUGGCAGUUAGAGUGUUCUACAAGAAAUGUCCAAGCAUUGUGCAGAACUUUGCUUUUUUCCCUGAGACAUUGACAGGGGCCGAAUCCACAUCCUUGGUUAUCUCCAGAGGAAGCUGCAUUCCAAAUGCUGAGGAGGUAGAUGUGCCCAUAAAGCUCUACUGUAACGGAGAUGGAGAGUGGAUGGUACCCAUUGGCAGCUGCAGCUGUAAGGCAGGCUAUGAACCAGACAAUGGCAACGUGUGUCGAGCUUGUCCUCAGGGCACCUUUAAGUCAUCCCAGGGGGCAGGAUUAUGUCAGCAGUGUCCGCUCAACAGUCGCUCCACCAUUGAAGCUGCCACCCUCUGUGGUUGUCGGAAUGGAUAUUACCGCGGAGACAUGGACAAACCAGAGGACAUGUGUACCAGCGUCCCUUCUGCUCCCCGCAAUGUGGUCUCAGUGGUUAAUCAGACGUCGGUGAUCCUGGAGUGGCACUCACCACGCGACACGGGGCACCGUGAGGACCUGUCAUAUAACGUUGUGUGCAGGCGGUGUCACAGCAACGAGCGGCGGGCAUGCCAGCCGUGUGAUGACAGUGUGGUUUUUGCUCCAGGCAAGGAGAUGUUGAAGGGGACAAUGGUGGAGAUUAGCAAGCUUCGUGCUCACACGUCGUACACCUUUGACAUACAGGCAGUCAACGGAGUGUCCAAUAAGAGUCCUUACCCUGCCCAACAGCUGUCAAUCAACAUUACAACCAAUCAGGCAGCUCCCUCAGAGGUUCCCAUAAUGCACCAGGUGAGCUCAACGAGCCGCAGUUUCUCUCUGUCAUGGCCACCACCCGAGCAGCCCAACGGGAUCAUCCUCGACUACGAGAUCAGAUACUACGACAAGUUCCAGUCUUCGUUGCUGAACAGUUCAGUGGUCCAGAGCAAUACACCUAACGUGGUCCUUGAGGGCCUGAGGGCUGGCACUGGUUAUGUGGUCCAGGUGAGGGCCCGCACUGAGGCCGGCUACGGAGCCUACAGCAAAGAGAUGCUCUUCCAAACCCUCACUGAUGAUGAGUACAAGUCUGAGCUUGGACAGCAGCUCUACCUCACUGCAAGUUCUUUAGUAGGUGGAGUGUGUAUCGUCUCAUUGGUAGCUCUCGCUGUCAUUUGUAGCAGGAGGAGACAUUUGAAGGAGAGUGUGUAUGGUGACAAGCUGCAGCAGUACAACACAGGAGGAGAAGUAACUUUGAGGCCAGACAUGUUCAGCGGUCCCACCCCCACUGUGACUUUUCCCACCCUGUCUGAGGGUCGCAGUUCACCGGGGGUCAAGAUCUAUAUUGACCCUUUUACCUACGAAGACCCCAAUGAGGCAGUGCGAGAAUUUGCCAAAGAAAUUGAUCCCUCUUGUGUCAAAAUAGAGGAAGUGAUUGGAUCAGGUGAGUUUGGGGAGGUGUACAAAGGCCGCCUGAAACCUAUUGGGAAAAAGGAAAUCCCUGUGGCGAUCAAGACCCUGAAGGUGGGCUACUCUGAGCGUCAGAGGAGAGACUUCUUGGCUGAGGCAUCAAUCAUGGGCCAGUUUGACCAGCCGAACAUCAUCAGACUGGAGGGCGUGGUCACUAAAAGCAGACCAACGAUGAUCAUCACUGAGUUCAUGGAGAACGGAGCACUGGACUCAUUUCUGAGGCAAAAUGACGGACAGUUCCCGGUAAUCCAGCUGGUUGGCAUGCUGAGAGGCAUUGCAUCUGGAAUGAGGUACCUGGCGGAGAUGAGCUAUGUUCACCGGGACUUAGCAGCACGAAACAUUUUGGUGAACAGUAACCUGGUGUGUAAGGUGUCCGACUUCGGCUUAUCGCGUUAUUUGGAGGAGGACACCUCUGACCCCACCUACACCAGCUCUCUGGGGGGUAAAAUCCCAGUGCGGUGGACAGCUCCAGAAGCAAUCGCCUACAGGAAAUUCACUUCUGCUUCAGAUGUCUGGAGUUACGGGAUCGUCACCUGGGAGGUGAUGUCGUAUGGAGAGAGACCUUACUGGGACAUGAGCAACCAAGAUGUGAUAAAUGCCAUAGAGCAGGACUUCAGGCUGCCAGCUCCCAUGGACUGUCCAGUAGUGCUGCACCAGCUGAUGCUGGAUUGCUGGCAGAAAGACAGAAACGCACGGCCAAAGUUCUCUGAUAUCGUCAGCAUGUUGGACAAAAUGAUCCGCAACCCUGCAUCUCUCAAAGCUGGCACCAACAACAUUGCUCCUGGUCCUUCACAUCAUCCCUUGUUAGACCGGGGAGCUCUGGAUCUGAGCAGGGUGAGCUCAGUGGAGGACUGGCUGGCUGCUCUAAAGAUGACCCAGUAUAGAGACUCCUUCAUCGGAUCAGGGUUCACCUCUUUGCCACUGGUCACGCAAAUCACAGCUGAGGAUCUGGAGCGGAUUGGAGUCUCUCUUGCAGGACACCAGAAGAAAAUACUCACCAGCGUGCAGUCAAUGAGGCACCACAUUGAUGACCAAUCCCCCACUGAAUCUGUGUAGCCAUACAUGGCAGAGAAACAGUUUGGAAUACUUGACCAUUGUUCAGUCUAAGCGAACAGACUGUUUUCUCAAGUUUACUUAUUCUGAAGAUCUGUUAUUGUCUUUUACAAUCAUCGAACCCAUUUUGAAGACUCCAAGAUUGGUCUUACAAUCAGUGGGCAUGCUUUCUAUGGCAUUUAGCCAUAAAGAACCUUGUGGAAUUUUAUGUACAGGUGUUAUUUGUUACACAAAUUUAAAACAGCAAUGAACAACACUGUGGAAAAUAGAAAACUAGUGUCUGACCUUAAGGGCAUCUACUGAAAGGAAAGAAAAAAGAACCCACCCAAAUUGUGCUUUCAGGAUAACUUUGACUUUAACCCCUUUGUUCCACAAGCCAUGUUCAACAAACUGAAUUAUUUAGGGAAGACAGGGUGUGUUUUUUAUUUAAGGAUGAAUCACAGUAACACAGUACUGUGAGAAGAUACUGGCUGAGCAGACGUUUCUGUGAGUGGACAAACUGGACCAAAAGCCUGUCAGAAAAUGUUUCUGGAUACAAGACCCACAGUAGGCCUUCUUGUCUCCAGCAUGCUGUGUAUUUAUUUCAUUGUGUUUGUGAAAAUUGCAACCAUUUAAAUUUUGGACAAGAGCCAACUGUUUAAAUGGGACCCUUUGGAAUCAAUCUUCACAUUGAAGAGUUUGUAAAUAUUGGUUAUUUAGGAAUUUCUUCCUUUGUUCACUUACUUUAACAUUUGCUGUUUUGCAGAGUGAAUGGAGUAUUUGUAACUUUUUAGUAAUUUAUUUUACAUUUUAUUCAUCACUAAUACAAACUCUUUAAGUGCUGUUGAUUGUAGAUAAAAAUGUUUCCCAAUUCUCAGAUGGGCCACAUAAAAUACAUAAUUAAAAAAUAACUUCUAAUGA